UCCUUGUGAUCUGAUUUGAACGAGAGGCGAGCAUUAAGCUAGCGCCUUCGGCUCCGGCGUCUAGCUGCUGCGUGGGCCGGGGUUUGAUGACGACCGCGCCGACGUCGCUGCUCCAGCGGCUGCUCGCGGCGUGCCGCCGCGCGUUCCGGGGCCCCGGGACCGUGCCGGCGCCCGACGACGUCGCCCUCAUCAGAGGCAUCCUCGACAAGAUGGGACCAGAAGACGUGCACCUGAGCGCCGUCACCAAGGCCGCCGCCGACUCCGGCGUCCAGAGACGACGGCGUCGGAUCAUCACGCGCACCACCAUCCACGAGUGCGCAAACUUCUCGGUCGUGGUCUUCCUGCUGCCCCCGGGCGCGGUCAUCCCGCUGCACGACCACCCGGGGAUGACGGUGUUCAGCAAGCUGCUCCUCGGCUCGCUGCACGUCACCUCCUACGACUGGGCAGCCGGGGCCGGCGCCGUCCCGACCCCACGUGAUGGUCAUCCGGCGGUGAGGCUGGCGAGGCUGGUGCUGGACGCCGACCUCCGCGCGCCGUGCGGCGCGCUGGUGCUGUUCCCGGAGUCCGGCGGCAACAUGCACCGGCUCGCCGCGGCCACGGCGUGCGCGGUCCUCGACGUGCUCGGCCCGCCCUACUCCGGCGACCGGGACUGCAUCUACUACCAGGACCUCCCGUACUCCCAGCACCGCCUCCUUGCCUGCUGCGCAAAUGGUGACGAUGAGGCCGCCGGCGGCGACGUGCGUGCCGGUGCCGCGGGUGAUGAUGAGCAUCGUCGCCGUCAGGGGGCGCGCCGCCUGGGGUGGCUGCUGGAGACGGGCAGACCCAAGGAGCUGGAGAUGUACGAGCUAGGUGCCGUGCAGGGGACCUCCGAUCCUGGCCGUGUAGGCUGCAGAAGCACCGGCGGGCAUGCUGACAGCAGAGAUCGAUCAGAUCGUGCAGCUAGCCGCGCAGAUGCAUGAGGUAGAAGUACGUUCCGUGUCUUCGUUCGUUAAGUUGGCUCGUUGCCAACAGCUUCAAUUCAGACUUUCAGUAUACGCAGCACAGACGACCUUGUAAUUACGUGUUGGCAAGAUUGGUAUCGUGCCCGAACGCCCGGACCAAUCGGUUGUUGCUUUGUAGGAAGUGGAUGAGCUAAUGAUAUAGUCGAGUG